CAGCAAUGGGAGACGAGCGACCGACAGCCAAACGGGUCUUGGAGGUGCUGGAUAGCGCUGGUCUGGACGCCGAAAUCUGGUCGCCUGAAACGUGGCAAGCUAUGGCUUGUCUGACACAGAGCAUUUCCGGAGGACAAUGGGCUAGCAUCGAAAACAAAGGCAAUCUCCACCGACUCCUCCAAAGCCUAUUGGCGGUCCUCGGUUUCCUAGCAUCGCAUGGUAGCGGUCCUUCAGCUGGAGCUCCCAUGGAGGAGGAGGAUGCCGAGCAAACCGCCGCACAAACCGGCCCCUCCCCCACGCCUCACUCUGGCAAUCGCGCUCAACGCUGCGAUUUGACCCUUCCCUGCGCCAUCAACGCCUUGCGCGCGCUGGACGACUUCUUUUACGCGGCGGCGCCCCGCGAGGACGCAGAUGACGCGCUCGGCGCGAAGCAGGACGGCGCGCUAGUAGCAACCGCCCGGUGUGUGGCGCUUGCGCUGGUGCGGGCGGGUGUGGUGGAGCUGUGUGCCCGUGUGCAUGCGGCUCGGUCUCCUCCGCGCAGCUGUGAGUGGCUGCGCCUGCUCGGCUCAUGCUCAACGCUCCUGGCUGGCAUGCACGCCGUCGCGCUUGCGGCUGAGCAGGAGGUGCACGCUGCGCCCGGCGGCGCCAGCGGCAGUGGCAGCCGCAGCGGCAGCGGCAGUGCAGCCGCCGGGCCGCCGUCAGGAGCGCCCGCGCCGCUGCUGCUGACGCCCGACGGCCGCCACGCCGCCCUGGCUGUGGAGCUGCUGGCGGCGGUGCGGCGCAGUGCGGUGCUGGAGCACGCCUCGCGGGAGGCGCGGCAGCUGUCGGGGGACGAGUGGAACUGGCGGCAGCGGCGGCAGCAGCAGAACUCAGGUUCUGAGACGGCAGCGCCCCCGCCGUUCGCAAUCGAAGACGCGGAGGAGGCGAUAGUGGACCCGGUUCAUGGCAUGUUGUGGAACAUCCUGUCCUUGCUCCAAGCGCACGUCAGCUUGGCGGAGCUGGCGGAAGGGGAUGGGCAUCCACGGCUGGGCCACGCCGCGGACUUCUUGAUGGCGGCACACGUGGUGACGCAGUUGGCCGUGGCGGAGGCGGACGCAUGCUAUUCCGCGCCGCGCCGCAUGCGCGCCGCGGACCCGUCCUCCGCCGCCGGCCCUGCACUGCUUGGCGCUGGGUCCGGGCCUGUCGCUGCUGGCGCUGGCGCUGGCGCUGGCGCUGGCGCUGGCGCUGGUGCUGGUGCUGGUGCUGCGGCGGCGGCAACUGCUGCAACGGCGGCGGCGCAGGCGCCGCAGUUGUACGGUCUGCGGCUCGAGCAGCUGCCGCUGCCGGUGCUGCGCCGGAUGGUUGACAGCAGUUUGGAGGGGGCGCACGAGGAGGCCUGCACGGUGCUGGACGAUGUUUACUUGGCGAACACGAUUGCGCGCUGGGCCAUGAGCUUGCACCUCCGCAUAGACGGGCUGCAGCAGUCGCAGGUGCAGACGCAGACACAAAGGCAGCCGCAGGCGCAGACACAAAGGCAGCCGCAGCUGCUUAGCAACAGUGCGAAGCAGGUGUUGGCGUUGCGGGCGGCGCGGGUGACGCUGCAGCGCUGGCGCGGGUACCUGGGAGUGCUGCACCCGCCCGCGUGCGCCCAGGGUGCUGCCGCCAGGAGCGCUGCCGGGGGAGGUAGAAGUCAAAGCGUGCCUCGCAUUUCAGGAUCGCCUACAGCUGGGGGCGCUGCCGGCGGCGCUGCCGGCGCGGGUGGGCCAGGCAGCAGCGGGACGGCGGCGGCAGCUAGCGCUGGCAGCGCAGGCGCGGUUGCAGCAACACAGCAGCCGCUGGCGGCCAAGCCCGCCAAGCCGCUGACGCAGAAGCAGCUGCGGCAGCAGGCGGCCGCGGCAGCCAAGCAGCACCAGGCAGCCGCAACCAAGCAGGCUGCGGCUGCUGCGGAGCAGCGGCGAGAGGAAAAGCGGCGGGAAGCGGCGGAGGCGGUGGCAGCUGCGCGGCGCGGCGCGAGGCUGAAGGCGUACCGGCUGGGCGGCAUUACACGUGAUGCCUGCUCGGACCUGUUCAUCAAUUGCCUGUCAUAUCUGCAGUGCGCAGAUGGAUACCGCUGGCGUGCUGCCGCCAAUAAGGAUUCCGAACGCCUGGCGUCGGCUGCGACGGGGCAACAGGCGCGCUUCCUGGCCCUGCUGCAUUCCGCCCCACAGCCAGCUCCGCCUCCAGUGCCUGCAAUGGCAGAAGCAGCAGGAGCAAAAGCAGCGGUAGCACCCGCGGUCGACGUGAUGCAGGAGGAGGGGUGGCGGGUAAUCAUUGACUGUCUGCGGCUCUUGGUGGAUGACGCAGACAGCCUCUGGAGCGAGGACGCCCUGGUGACCGGCGUGCUGCAGGCAGCGCUGCUUGCUGCCUGCGCGGACGACCGGGCCCUGGACAGAAACGCCCGGGCCCUGCGCAGUACCCGCCUCGGGCCCGGGUCCAAGCCUGGGCCUGGGCGCACAGAGGCCGCCGCUGACGGCGGCCAGGCCACAAAGCCGCAGCCGCAGCCGCAGGGCCUAGACUCAGAGCAGCAGCGCCGUAGCGCGGCCGCCGCCGCCCUGCUCGCCGCCCAGCGCGCCAGCCUGUACCGCGGCCUAAGCCUGGGGCUGCUGCCGGCGCUGGAGGCGCUGGUUCGGGCGAUUGGCCGGGAGUGCCUGUCACAGCGCCUGGUCAGGCCCGGCGGUGGAAAGACCCUUCCGCGCUUGGCCAUGCCGGGCGUCUUUCCGGAGUGGGCGGCGGUCGAGCACCUGUUGCUGGCGGCGCCGGUGCAUCAGGCCGCGGGCUACUUGGUCAGCGCCGCCAAGCUCACUCGGUCGUUGAUGACCUCGGCAUUCUCCUCGAGGUCAAAAUUGGUGCACCAGGAUUUUGCGGCCGUCACCGCGGAGGCGUCCGCGUCGGCUGUUGAUUACGCGAUGCAGCUGCGGGUGCCGCUGAGCGUGCUGUGCGUCAUGCGGGCGGGCUGCAGCAGCAGCAGCAGCAGCAGCAGCGGCGGCUGCGGCGCUGCCGGCGGUGUCCACAGUGGCAGCGCUGCUAGCAGUAGGAGGAACAGCACUAGCAGCGCUAGCACAAGCGCGGCAGCGGCAGCAGCAGCUCUACCGCAACAGCACCAGCACGAGCACCUCCAGCAGCAGCACCAGCAGCAGCGGCGUGUGGAGCUGGUUUCGCUACUAGUCGCGUCAUGGCUGCCGAUGUCUACCACGAACUGGCUGGAGGCAGCGGAGUCCGACGUCUUCCUGACGGCGCCGCGCUCCGUCGACCUGGCCGUGGGCCUGGCGAUGUGCGUGCUGGACUGGGUGCCGGUGCUGGUGACGGCACGACAGCUGGCGCUAGAGCGCGGCGACACCAAGGCCGCGGAGGAGUGGAGGAGUUUCAUCCUGAUGGACAUCCAGCCGGUGCGUUCCAUGGCCGCCGCCGUCACUGCCCGGCGCCGCCAGCUGGCUGCGGUGGAGGGGCCGCGCAUGGCGCGCGCAGCAGAGGCGCUGUGGGCAGGGCUGCCCGCUGACUGCGCCCCGCUGCGCAACGGCAACGCGGAAUGGGACCUGGUGCAGCAGCACUUACCUCUGGCUACGCGUGUGCGGCUGGAGCGGCUGCGGGAUCAGGGCGAGGCGGGCGAGGCGGCACGCGCGGUGGUCCUGGCGGCGCUGCGCGCCGGCAGCAGCAGCAGCGGCGGCGUCGAGGAGGGGCGGGGCGACCGGGAGGGCGCCGCCUGUGCCUGGCGUGAGCCGGUGGUGGCGGAGGACGCGGCGCUGUUGCUGUCGCCGGCCGAGGUGCGGCGGCGGCUGGGGCUGUGCGCCCACCGGGGCUGCAGGGACCUGCGGGGAGGCAGCGAGGCGUGCGUGCGGCUGACGGUGGCGUGUCCGGGUUGCGGCACCCUGCGGUACUGCAGCACGGAGUGUGGGGCGAGGCGCCCGGCGGACAUGAGCUGCUGCUGAGGCGCUGGCUGCAGUCCAGAUGGCUGCCACCUCCGCUGUUUGGCCUGGCCUGGCCCGCCCGUGAGUGGUGAAUGCAUCUCCUGUGCUGAAAGUUAAGUUAGCUCUGUGAAGACGGUGGCUUUUGGCUGCACCCUGGUGGAUGUGGCGGGGUGUGGGUGGGAGGUGGGCGUGUUGGGCAGCCCUUGCAUGGGCGGUGGAUGUUGGGUAGGGGCCAUGAUAAAUGCGCGAAAGUCGCGCGCGCGGCUGUAGGCUGCAGCGGCCUGGCUGUGAGGAGGAGGAGGCGGGACCGAGGAGGAGCGAGGUGGUCGUGGCGGUUGGCGGGGUGUAGCGGAAAAGGUUGGAUGAUUGCGGCAAGGAGUACGGUAUGGUUUGGGCCGUUGGGGGCUUUUGAAGUCGGGAAGAGGCGCUCGAGAGCUGAGCCAGUGAGCGGUGCCUGAGUGGCGUGGUCGCCGGCUUGCACUUGCCAUGCCUGGCCGUGUAAGGGACAGGUGCUCCUCGACCUGACCUCGCAGACAGUCAUUCCCGAUACAUCGUGCCGUGACCGUGCGCACAGCCCCAUACACGUUUUGAAGGUGUGGAACGCCGCCGUGUGAGCGACGCGACUGCCGCUGCCGCGCUGCGUCUGUGGCCCUGGGCACCCGCUCCACACCACACCACCGGGCGGAGGCAGAGAGGGCGUGGGCAUGUGGGCUGGGCAGGCUAGGGGCUCGCGGCUGCAUGCAUGCGCGGCGGGCGCUUGCCGGUGGCGCUGUGGGCUGUCGCUGAGACGCUGACGCCGCCACGCUGGAGGAUGAGGCGAGGAGCCCUUCUCUCUUCAGCACAGCUGCAGCAGUCCCAUUGCAGCCAGACAGCCUUUCACACGGGUCUGCGUGGUGGACGGCGAUUUGAGUGGCGCCGGUGCGCCCUACCCCUGAUGCUGGUCAGCUGGUGGCCUUGCAGAUUUGGAUGCUGGUUGCAGGCCGAGUUGCACCCCCCCCCCCUCCCCUGGCUGUGAGCUUGUCGUGAAGUGUCAUAAUGGAAGAGGAGGUGGAGUGAUGGCACCUAGUAACAUGUUCGGUAUGGCGGGAGGAGCGUCCUAUGGGAGCAAGCCUACUAGAGCUAGAGUAGGCCGACGGCGCUGCAGGCGGCACGCCCCUGGGGUCCAGAGCAGGGUGUUCGUUCUCCACGUCACUGGCUCGUGAACUGCGUCAGCAGGUCCCUCUUGUAACCAAUGCAAUCUUGUCGUGAAGUGGUGAUGCCUCACCGCCCCCUCCCGCUUGCCUCUCGGCCCUCAGCCAUGCGGGGGGGGGGGAGGGACGCCCUCCCCCUGCAUCCCCCUCCCCUGCUCUGUAAAUUGACCCACGU